GGCAAUACGGCACCUUACCUAUACUCUGUAAUUACUGCGUCGGAUGUCGACACUUUCUUCCAGCACUAGUUUUAGCAGGCAUUUUGGGAGCCACUUUCACUCGAGAAGAGGAAUAUGAAACGUGUCCCACUACCAACUCAUAAGACCUCCUUUAACCAGGAACCUUUCUCGAAAAGACCAGGAGACAUCAUACAAUUAUAAAAAAAAAAAAAAAAAAAACAGCAACAAAAUGACGCUCCAGUGCAAGGUAGACAAAGACUGUAUGGAAACCGUACAAGGUGUCAUAGACGCGUACCUGAGCAUUGGCGAAGGCGACUUCAUCUCUAUAUUUAGGGGCGAGCACUUCAGGCUCGUCGCCGCCGCAAAGGGUCCCGAGGCGAGUCCAAGGAGCGAAGGUCUAGCCAUGGCGACCUUCACCUACACCGUCCAGAAGCAACACUGCAACAGGCUCGGCAACUUGCACGGUGGCGCCGCAGCCACCUUGUUCGAUUACUGCACGACGAUGCCCCUGUGCUUGAUCGCCAAGCCUGGCUUCUGGUCCAUGCUGGGAGUGAGCCGCAACUUGUCAGUCACUUACCUGCGGCCCAUCCCACUCGGUCAAGCCAUCUUCAUCGAGUGCGACGUCGUCGCAGCUGGUGGGCGUCUGUGCGCACUCAGAGGCACCAUGAGGAGGGCCGAGGAUGGAGUUGUGAUGGCAACGUGUGAGCACGAGAAGGCCAGCAUUGAGCAUCUGGCUGGCAGCAAGAUGUAGACAUGUAACUUGAUGGAUCGUAGUUAAGUUUUCAAGGGGGUAUACUAGAAAUGAAUCUAGAACUAGACCUUGUCUUGAAGCUGCCUAUAAAAAGGCCUAGUUCUAGACUACCUAGUCUAGUCUAGAACAAGGACACUGAUUUCCUGGCCAGUAAGGCCUAGUUCUGAAUUGCUUCAACAAGAAAACCAAAACUUGCUAUAUAUUUUCUAGGAAAUCCAUGCAUGUAAGCUGGAUAUUGGCCCACAGACCUCACAUAUUAAUGCGAGGAGCAAAAUAACCCAGAUAUGGC